UAAAGGGCCAAGCUCUUAUGAAUAAGUCGCCCUUCAGAGAAAUUCUCCUCGGCGGAGAGUCAAAGAAGCAGGCUGUAGAUACAACAGAAAACGUAGGGCGUAGUUGGAGACUCACUCCGCAGUGCAGAAUCCUAUGAUAGUUCAUGACGGAGAAAGUGAUUGAAUCCCAGGGAAUUCUGUGUGAGGUGUCAGCUGAAGGACAAGAAGACCGUGUGAGUGUGUGAGGACGUCAGGGAGCCAUGUGGCGUGGGAAGCGACGUUGGUCGUCCACGGAGGUGCUGCUGAGUGUCCUGUGUCUGACCCUGCUGGCGGUGUGUGUCAGUCUCAUCAUCAUCACCUGGCUCGCCAUGCAGACUGACCUGGACCAGUGUGGUCUUGGUGGGACUGAGUCUGUGUUCAGUGGGAGGCUGGUCAUUACGAGGGGGGCUGUGUUUACUGAGAAGCUGAGAAACAGGAGCAGUCUGCAGUUCAAGUCCCUGGCCUUCGACACAGAGCAUCUGAUAUCUGACGCUUACGGCCGUGGCUCCCUCAAUAAUGACUUCAAGGCCUGUGAAGUUUUAGAAUUCAGCAAUGGCAGUGUGGUGGUGAACUUUGACCUGCAGUUUCGUCAGAGUGUGGAGGUGAAGGAGGCGGAGCAGCAGCUGGUGGCUGGGCUUCAGAGCACUGGGGGCCUGGUGGUUAACCAAAAUAGCAUCCAGGUCAGAGUGAAAGAGGACCUAACUACAUACCAGCCGACCUCUUCAACCAAAUGGACCACUACACCUCAUCUUUCCACUACAUCUUCUUCAGGGAAAUGCCCACCUUAUCAUAUGGCCUGUGGGGACGGCACUACAUGUGUGGCCACCAUGCAGUUUUGUGAUGGAGUAGACAAUUGUCCUGAUGGCUCAGAUGAAAACCAUACUCUCUGUGCAACAAAGUGCGAUGGCCAAUUCCUUCUUCUUGGUCCUACGGGCUCCUUCCAUUCUGAAAACUUCCCUCUCCCCUACAACAAUGGCAUGAUUUGCCGCUGGGUCAUACGAGUUCAGAAAGGACUGGCUAUAAAGAUGAAUUUCCACUCAUUCGACACAGAAGAAGAGAUUGAUACUCUCAGUCUGUAUGAGGGCACAGGACAGGGGAAAAAUCUGACAUACCUGCUGUCAGGCCGUUCCCCAGGCACUGUGUGGCUGCUGUCUGACAAGGCCACUGUUGAGUUCUCUUCUGACGAUUACAACAAUUUCCACGGAUUUAACGCCACCUACUCAGCAGAAGACAUCAGCAACCUCUCUAAUGAAGAGAGGCUGAGCUGCUCCUUUGAGGAGGGCCUGUGUUUCUGGAGGCAGGAGCCUGAGGAUGAAGGGGACUGGAUACGCACCAAUACCCCAACAUUCCCCCCUUUCACAGGCCCAAACUUUGAUCAUACAUUUGGUAACCAAUCAGCAGGCUACUACAUUGUCACACCGGGAAGCCCUGGCCAGUGGGAGAAGAACUUCAAGAUCCGCAGCCUCCGAUUAGCUCAUUCAAAAGAACCAAUGUGUCUGAAGUUCUGGUACCACAUGUAUGGAGAGAAUGUGCAUCGGCUGAGGGUGUUGGUAGAGAGACGGUCAACUUCUUUGGUCAGAGAAGCUUUAGUCAUUGUGGUCUUCCAGAAGGAGGGGAACUAUGGAGAUAACUGGAACUUUGGCCAGGUCACCCUGAACAGCCCAGCUGAUGCGACGGUGGUUUUUGAGGCUCAGAAGAAGGGGGGUAUGAAGAAUGACAUCGCCCUGGAUGACAUUAGUCUGACAAAUGGUCCCUGUGGGGCCGACCCACCAGACCCAACAGUGGUUCCCACCCCUACAACACCACCUCCAAUACCUUCUGACUGUGGAGGACCUUUUGACCUCUGGGAACCCAACUCUACAUUCAGCUCCCCCAACUACCCACACUCCUAUGGAAACAAGGCUUCUUGUUUGUGGACUCUUCAUGCCAGGGAAGGAUGGAACAUCCUGCUUCACUUCCUGGAUUUUGACGUUGAGUCGACCUAUGACAUGGUGGAGGUGCGGGAUGGGGCGGGGCCACAGUCUGAACUGCUGGGUGUCUUCACUGGUACUGAUGCUACCUUUCCAGAUGUGAUCUCCACAGCCAAUCAGAUCACAGUGUUAUUCUUUACGGACAGUACAGGGUACGGCAGAGGGUUCCGUGCCAACUUCACAUCUGGAUUAGCACUGGGCAUGCCAAAGCCUUGUGUCACUGGGCAAUAUCGGUGUCAGUCUGGAGAAUGUAUCUCCAAUGCCAGUGUGUGUAACGGCCAACCAGACUGCGCUGACUCCUCAGACGAAGCUGACUGUGUGCAUCAGGUAUCAGUGGACAGGACGAGUGUCAGACAUCUGCAGCUCCAGGUCCAGACCACCCGGUACACAACCUGUGGUCAACACUGGAACUCUCAGCUCUCCCACUUCAUGUGUCGUUACCUGGGCUACAGAUCAGGAAGUGCCCUCCUCAUACCAUCCACAGAGAAAGACUCUCCCUUCACCACCGUGAGUGUGGCAGCCAACGGUACCCUGGACCUGACCCCCAGUGAAAAAUGUACGGGUGAAAAGGUUAUAUCUUUGGAAUGUGACAACCAACCGUGUGGCGUCCGUAUGGUCUCCCAGAAGAUGGAUCGAAGUGGGUCCACUGAACGAAGGAGGGAGGAGAAAGGAGAGGAGGAGUCGGAGGAGGGUGGAACUGUCAGAGUGGUGGGAGGGACAGACUCUCGUAAGGGGGCGUGGCCAUGGAUGGUGUCGCUGUACUUUAGGGGCCGCCAUGUGUGUGGAGCUACUCUGAUUGACAACGAGUGGUUGGUCACCGCUGCACACUGCGUUUAUGGGAAAAAUAUUCACCUUUCCAACUGGGAGGCAGUUUUGGGCCUUCACUCCCAGGACAGUGUAGAUGUCCUCCCAUCACAGACCCGAAAGGUCGACCACAUCAUCAUGAACAAACACUACAACAGAAGGACCAAGGAUGCUGACAUCGCAAUGAUGCACCUUCAAACAAACGUCAACUUCACAGAUAACAUUCAACCCAUCUGUCUGCCAGGAAGUGACCAGCAGUUUGAGGCUGGGAUGAAGUGUUUCAUUACAGGCUGGGGAGCAGAAGUAGAGCAAGGCACAUCAGCUAAUGUGCUGCAGCAGGCAGUGCUGCCCCUGGUGAGCCGCUCUGAGUGUCAGAAGCUGCUACCUGAGUACAACAUUACAGCAAGGAUGGUGUGUGCCGGCUACUCUGAGGGGGGAGUGGACUCCUGCCAGGGGGACUCUGGAGGUCCUCUCAUGUGUGAGGAGGAUGGCCACUGGGUGCAGGUUGGCGUGAUUUCUUUUGGUGUGGGGUGUGGCCGCCCGCAGCGCCCUGGUGUGUACGCCCUGGUCUCCCAGUUCACUGACUGGGUCGUCCAGACCAGACGGCUCUCCUGACACGGGGGACACUGGGAUUACAGGCUCCAGGGAAACAGAAUAUUCAGUCCUGAAUUAGGAUCAUAUGCAGUCUUGGUUACUAAAUCAAUCAAUGUGUUUGAAUAAGUACAAUGGUGUAACACAGAUUUACAGGGAUAUUCAAAAUAUGUACAAAUAAUUGUUUGCAUUUCUAUGCUAUCUUAUACUUAUAAAAAUCAGUUGUUGUACCUACAACACAAAUGAGACUUCCCAUGGCUGGUCCUGAAGAAGAAAUGAAAUGUUGUGAAAUAAUGACACAAGAUGGCAGUAUCUUGCGUAUUAUGCUUUGGAGAUGAUGUGUUUUUUUUCACACCACAAUGCCUUGUGAAUUACAGUGAUGUUGUAUGCAUUUGAUCUUAACACUAGAGACAAACCUUCUUACUGUCAAUAAAUGUUUACAUGUUUCCUA